AAAGAAAGGUUUGAUAAAUUGAAGCGGUAGAGGGAUCACAGCCGUCAAGAUUGUGUCGUCUGUGAUUCGAACCAGAGAGCAGCAAUGGCUUCUACGUCUUCUCUAGCUCUCUCUCAAGCUCUCCUAACCCGAACCAUCUCUCGAGAUGGCUCUGGAAACCGUUUCUCUGUACCAGCUUUCUCGGGUCUCAAAUCCACUUUCCCACGCACCAUCUCAACCCGUAGGGGCUGUGUCUCCACGAGCAGUCACUCUUUCCGCCCAGAUCUCGUUCGUGCAGCAGCUGUAGAGGCGAUCGAGACAACCACUGAUUCGUCUCUGGUUGAUAAAUCGGUGAAUACGAUCAGGUUUCUGGCAAUCGAUGCGGUUGAGAAGGCGAAAUCAGGUCAUCCAGGUCUCCCCAUGGGUUGUGCUCCAAUGUCUCACAUCUUGUACGAUGAGUUCAUGAGGUAUAACCCCAAGAACCCUUACUGGUUUAACCGUGAUCGCUUCGUUCUCUCCGCUGGACACGGAUGCAUGUUGCACUACGCUUUGCUUCACCUUGCUGGCUACGACAGCGUUAGGGAGGAAGAUUUGAAGAGCUUCCGUCAAUGGGGAAGUAAGACUCCUGGCCACCCGGAGAAUUUCGAGACUCCUGGUGUUGAAGUCACUACUGGUCCUCUUGGACAAGGUAUUGCAAACGCCGUUGGUUUAGCUCUUGCUGAGAAGCAUCUGGCUGCUAGAUUCAACAAACCUGACAAUGAGAUUGUUGACCACUACACAUAUUCGAUUCUUGGAGAUGGUUGUCAGAUGGAAGGGAUUUCUAAUGAAGUUUGCUCUCUAGCUGCCCACUGGGGACUAGGAAAGCUCAUUGCUUUCUAUGACGACAAUCACAUUUCCAUUGAUGGUGACACAGAUAUUGCCUUUACUGAGAGCGUGGACAAGCGCUUUGAAGCCCUUGGAUGGCAUGUUAUUUGGGUAAAGAAUGGAAACAAUGGUUAUGAUGAGAUCCGUGCUGCCAUUAGGGAAGCUAAGGCUGUAAAAGACAAGCCCACUUUAAUUAAGGUCACUACUACAAUUGGUUAUGGUUCUCCCAACAAGGCAAACUCAUACAGUGUCCAUGGAGCUGCGCUUGGGGAGAAGGAAGUUGAGGCUACCAGAAAUAACCUUGGAUGGCCAUAUGAGCCGUUCCAGGUACCUGAAGAUGUCAAAAGCCAUUGGAGUCGUCACACGUCAGAAGGGGCUGCUUUUGAAGCUGAUUGGAAUGCCAAGUUUGCAGCUUAUGAGAAGAAAUAUCCAGAGGAAGCUGCAGAGUUGUCAUCUAUAAUCUCGGGUGAAUUUCCCGCUGGUUGGGAGAAGGCACUUCCUACAUAUACACCAGAAUGUCCAGGUGAUGCCACCAGAAACCUGUCUCAGCAAUGUCUUAACGCACUUGCCAAAGUUAUUCCCGGUUUCCUUGGCGGGAGUGCUGAUCUUGCAUCUUCCAAUAUGACAUUGCUUAAAGCAUUUGGAAACUUCCAAAAAGCUACACCUGAAGGAAGAAACCUUAGGUUUGGUGUGAGGGAACACGGAAUGGGAGCUAUCUGCAAUGGCAUUGCCCUUCACAGCCCCGGUUUUAUCCCUUACUGUGCAACUUUCUUUGUUUUCACUGACUACAUGAGAGCUGCAAUGAGAAUCUCAGCUUUGUCUGAAGCCGGUGUUAUAUACGUUAUGACACAUGACUCCAUUGGUCUUGGAGAAGACGGACCAACCCACCAACCCAUUGAACACUUAUCCAGUUUCCGUGCCAUGCCCAAUAUUAUGAUGUUCCGUCCAGCUGAUGGGAAUGAAACAGCCGGUGCAUACAAAAUCGCUGUCACAAAACGUAAGACACCUUCUGUCUUAGCCUUAUCUAGACAAAAGCUGCCUCAACUUCCAGGAACAUCCAUUGAAAGCGUCGAGAAAGGUGGAUACACCAUUUCCGACAACUCAACCGGUAACAAGCCCGAUGUGAUCUUGAUCGGAACUGGAUCAGAGCUAGAGAUUGCUGCUCAAGCUGCAGAGGAGUUAAGGAAAGAAGGCAAAACUGUGAGAGUAGUUUCUUUUGUAUGUUGGGAGCUUUUCGACGAGCAAUCAGAUGCAUACAAGGAAAGUGUUUUGCCGUCUGAUGUAUCAGCUAGAGUAAGUAUAGAAGCUGGAUCGACUUUUGGAUGGGGAAAGAUCGUUGGAGGAAAAGGGAGAUCGAUUGGAAUUGAUACGUUUGGGGCAAGUGCACCAGCAGGGAAGCUUUACAAAGAGUUUGGUAUCACCAUUGAAGCUGUGGUUGAUGCAGCUAGGUCGCUUAUCUAAAAGAGUAUCUUAUCUUACAAGUACUGAGGUUUGGUUUGGAUUUGAAAAUUUUCAAAGAUAAUAAAUGAAAAAAAUGGAGCUUUUUUUUUUUU